AUGACGAACUUUUCUGAUCUACCGGCGGAGACACGACGCGAAAUUCUCAUACACGCCGUUAGUGUCCGCGGUCUCAGGCGCGGGCUGAGGUUAAGGCUUGUGAAUAAGGAGUUCUCUCAAGAAGUGAAGAAUGCGCUCUAUCAGUCCCAUAUACUGGACGAUUACCGGAAGACCUGGUCGUUUACAAAGCCAGAAUUGAAGUCUCGAUUCGAUGCAUUUUGGCAGCCAUAUCUCACAUAUAAGAUCAUGCAGAAGAACUGGGACGACACCAUUUUAGAUGGACGCAUAUGUCGUGCUACCGAACGCCUUGUGCAAGAUAUGCCCUAUGACGCCCGCCGGCAUUUCUUUGGUCAGAUGAGCCCUUCUGAGCGAAAGAGCAACGAGAAUUUAUGUGAAAUUGAGCUAUAUGGAGGCAUAUACCGCGCUGCCGAGCGUCUUCUUCAAGUGAGCCACCCCGAAGAAAGGAGCAAAGAGAUAUCGCACGAGGUUUUGAAGCGGUAUAUUUAUGCUUUUUGUUCGCACCCGGGGCGCAUAUUGAAGGGGGCACGUAUGAACGGCAGGCGAUACAACACCUGUGCGUUCAGUGGUCCACUAUGUUUCCUGGAGAUGGCCCUGGUGAACGACUGUCAAGAAGGAAUCAGGUCUGCACUCAAUGACCCAGCUGUGGACGACAUGUUUUCGCAUAUUGUCGAGUCCGAGUGUCGUCAUGCUUAUCUGUGCAAUCACAAUAUCACCGCGACAGCCGCCGAGUGUGGUAACUUGGUGUUACUCGCAAAGAUCUUCUCGAAUCCAAAUGCUCAGCCAAGUCCAAAUGUUCAGGCAAGGCGAAAUGUUCAGCCAAGGCAAAAUGUACUUCAACGACUAGUCUAUGAUACUGCGGUUGGAAAAGGUCUUUUGGAUGUCGUAAAGUUUGUCAUGGAUCUAUGUAAACAUUCACCAGAUUUUGGCCCUAGAUACGACUUGGGUGAGGUUGCAAUAUGCUCAGGAGUGUUGAGAAGCCGAUCGGUCGAUUUCUGCUCUCAGCUCUUCCAACUGUUGGCAUCCCAAUUGAAAAACAACAAUGGUCUCGGGAAGAGAAGACAAGGCGAUCGUCGUCUCACAAAGACUUGCUUUGAGUACAGCAACAUUCUGCGCAUCGUCGCAUGGAGUAGCCCACAGAGAGCUGACGUCGCAGAAUGGCUUCUGGAUCGCGGAGCUUCUGUCUCGCUGACGGUACAGGGGGAGAGAAGGCUAGUGACAAGCACCCAACAUGGGAGAAGCCUAGUGACAGGCAUUCAAAGUGGAUUUUGGACUCCGCUUGAACGAGCCGUCAAAGGCGGUAACGAGAAAAUCGUUCGUCUACUCUUGGAUCGUGGGCCGGCUCUUGACACUUUUCAGACGACUUGCUGCUAUGAAGAGGCCGCAAAGCAAGGGCGUCUGGACAUAAUGCGCAUGUUAGUCGAGUACAACGCGCGCGUUGCACCGAGGCUCUCAACAGUGUGUCGUGAGCGGCACUGGAGGUGUACGCUGAUGAUGCAUGCCGUACGGACAGAAAACGAGGGAUUGUGUCGAUAUCUUGCUGAACACGGAGCCUGUGUCAGUGACAGUGCCUUGAAUGUGGCUAUCGAUGAAUCGCUGGUAUCGAUGGUCCAGCUUCUGCUCGAACUAGGGGCCAUCGUUACAGAACACAAUAUCCAAAGGGCAAAAGUCUUGCGACGUCCUCGUCCUGUCGACCCUCGGGUUCUCCUUGAUCAACGACGCAUUCGCAAGUCCCGGUAUCCAUAUGGCUCUCUAUGUGGGGGAAGAUGCGCUCGGAUAUACCCUCGGGUGGAAAGGAUCGGAGAAGAAAGUGUAUCGGAAGUCAUUGCCUUGCUGAAAGCACACAACAAUGCCACCUGA